AUGUCUCCCUCGACAGAGCAAGGAACAACUCCUCGCAACAACGGCAGUAGUAGUAGUCAUCAUGCUGAUGCUAGCGAAGAAGUGGUGAUUACCUCGUUUGAGGUGCAUGACCUCCGAUUUCCCACCAGUCUGGACCAGUCCGGCUCCGACGCGAUGAACCCCGCCGCCGACUACAGCGCCGCAUACAUCAUUCUCAAGACGAGCAGCAGCAGCAGCAACUCGCUACGCGGGCACGGCUUCGCAUUCACCAUCGGCCGCGGCAACGAUCUCGUCUGCGCCGCGGCGCGCCACGUCGCCGAGCGUCUCGUCGGAAAGACCCUGGCGGACCUCACGGCCAACAUGGGCCAGACGUGGCGGUAUCUGGUCUCAGACUCGCAGCUGCGCUGGGUCGGGCCGGAGAAGGGCGUCGUGCACCUGGGCCUGAGCGCAUGCGUCAACGCCCUCUGGGAUCUGUGGGCUAGGUUCGAAGGGAAACCCGUCUGGCGGCUUGUGGCGGACAUGGCGCCCGAGGAGGUCGUGCGGUGCAUCGACUUCCGCUACAUCGUUGACGCCGUCACGCCGGACGAGGCGCUGGGUAUUCUCCGCAGUGCGGCGGAAACCAAGGCCGAGAGGCUGCGAGAUGCGGAGACCAACACCGCCGUCCCUGCGUACACCACCCAGGCUGGCUGGUUGGGGUACUCGGAUGAGAAGAUGGUGCGGCUGAUGCGGACGAUGCUGGUCGAGGAGGGCCUGACCAAGUUCAAGCUGAAAGUCGGCGGGGAUAUCGAGGAUGACAAGCGUCGGUUGAGGAUCGCGCGCGAGGUCAUCGGCUACGACAACAUGCUCAUGGUCGAUGCCAACCAGGUGUGGAAUGUGCCUGAGGCGAUUGACAAGAUGGUGCAGUUGGCGGAGUUCAAGCCAUACUUCAUCGAGGAACCCACCUCCCCCGACGACGUCCUCGGCCACGCCACGAUCAGACAGGCGCUGAAGCCGUACGGCAUCAAGGUGGCUACCGGCGAGCACUGCCAGAACCGGAUCAUGUUCAAGCAGCUGCUGCAAGCCGGGGCGAUUGACAUCUGCCAGAUCGACGCGUGUCGGCUGGGAGGGGUGAACGAGGCUGACCUCAGAUUCAACAUCCCCGUCGUCCCUCACAGCGGCGGCAUCGGCCUCAAUGAGUAUACGCAGCACCUCGCCCUGAUCGACUAUCUCUGCGUGUCCGGGAACAAGAGUCUGCUGGAGCACAUCAAUUCCUUCCACGAGGUCAUCACGCAUCCGGUGCAGGUCAAGGAUGGCUAUUUCGUGACGCCGUGGGAAGCAGGGUACAGCGUCGAGUACAAGGCGAGCGCCAUUGAGGAGUACGAGUAUCCUAAUGGUCGGUUCUGGAACAGUCCGGAGGGACUUAAGAUUCGGAAUGGUGAGAAGCGGUAA